CAACGAGCAUCUCGAGCCAGUUACAGUCCUGCUUCGAACCUCACAAUCCUUACAGCGUGCUGGACUUCCCAGGCCAGAAUGGAAGACACGCCGAUCUCAACUUAAUCUGAAGGGCCCGACCAACUUCUGAAGGCAUCACGGUUACCUUUCCACCACUGGUCGCACUGGGGGUGAAAAUCGCCCCCGAUGCAGAGAUUCCGCACCAUAUGCUGCUCAUGCCGCAGGCGCCUCCUGGCCGACGCUCUGUUUCGAGCUCAGGCUCCUCGGCUCCCACCAUGGCAGCUUUUGCCCAGGGCUUAUGUGAGCUCGGCUUCUGAGCCCAGGCCGGAUCCAGGUUCAGACAACAAUGUCGAUGAUAUUGUUCCCUCGAUUGAGGCCGCAGAAGCCCACGCCCAGCAGAGAUCGGGACCAGAGGCGCCAGCCCAGGGUGGAGGCCCUGCAACGCCCCGCUUCAGAGGCCUGGAUCGCAGGAGGGCUAUGCGAAGGAACGAGAGCAUGCCCAAGGGCAGAAGCUUGGAAAUCUUCGAGCGGGUGGUCCGGAAGCAGGUUGAUGAGGACAACUUGCCUUCGAACUCGGCACCGAAGUCACUUACCGCCCUCGAGUACUAUAACGACCUCGCACAGCUAAAGCCAAUGCUGAAGCGGGAAAGCAUCGAGACCUGUUUCGAGUUCUUCCUGACAAAAGUGUGGAAGAACGUGCCCCCCGGGGGCAGGGACCAGAUUCUGAAGCACAGAGGGACCAUCGUAAUGGCCAGAGUUGUAGAGGCCAAGAUGGAUGACUGGGACAAUGAGAAGUUACCGUCCCUGUCCGAGGUGACCCGACUCUUGUAUGAGCUCGACUCCAUCCACUGCAAGAGGUGGGCCGACUCUGUCAUGAGCCUCAUCCGGAAUCUCGUGACAAGGAGCACUACCAAGACAGACUAUCCAGAUGCCGGGGCAUAUGAGAAGUCCAUGGCCAGGAAAGACGUGCUGCUGCAGGAUAUGGUCGAUACUUUGAUCGCGUUCAAUCGCGGCCGCUCCCGCGCCAGGUCUUUUCGAUUCCCAGGGCUGGAUGAGCAUCUGCUCCAGAAUUUCGCACGGACUGGCGAGGCGAUCAAGGCGAUUAAACUGUUAUUCCCACAUAUUCAAGGAAACGACUUCGUUCAGAUCCGGCCGGUGGCAAUCGCUUCGUUCGUUGUUCUGUCAGACUCUGCCCACUCCUCCCUAGAGGCACAGGAGAAGGCGAAGCCUUUUCUUGACCCCAUGGGAAAGGUCCUGGCAUCUGUUACGGUCUGGAAGACCGGGCUGCACAACAUGUUCCAAGAGCAUCCAGACGUUCUGGCUUAUGUCUUGUCCCGUUGGGACUCGCUGAUUUCCCAGCUUCGCCAGACCAACGGGUCCAAGAGCUUAUCCAAGAUGACUGUCAAGGGAACAGAGCUCAACCGGCACGGAGGUCCGGACGAAAAGUACAUCAUGCAAAAAGUCAAUACAGGUCUUGGGAUGCGCGAUUCCGAUGCCGUCGAGGACGCAUGGGCGCGUUUCUGGGGACCGGACGCUGUGCCCAGUGACGAACGACAGGCGGAGUUGCAGAAAAUGGACCAAGUGUUUCACCACUUCAUUAUGACCUUCACUGCGCUGCACAAGCCGCAGAGAGCAGUCGAGGUUUGGGAGAGCAUGACACGCGUCGGGGCGCAGCCGAACAUCAGGACUUGGACCUCGUUGAUUGAGGGGUGCCGGAGGUCCAAGAACGCUGUCGGUAUCGAGAAUGUCUGGAGAAAGUUGCAAGCUUCCGGUCUCGAGGUGGACGAACAAGCGUGGUCGGCUCGGGUAGUGGGACUAAUAAGCUGUGGCGAGCCGGAGGCAGGCCUGCGGGCUCUGGAUGAGAUGCUGCACCAGUCGAAACUCACGAUCGCUCCGAUCAACGCGGCCGUUGCCGCACUAAUGCGCAUGAAUGCCAUGUCUGCAGCCAAGAAGGUCCUUGACUGGGCGGCAAAGAACAACGUCGAGCCCGACAUCAUGACCUUCAACACUCUGCUAAGGCCCCUGGUGCUUCAGGGUAAUACUGCCCAGAUUGACAGCCUACUCAAGAUGAUGAAGGCCAAGGGCGUCGAGCCGGACGCGGCAACGUACACGGUACUUCUCGAGGGUAUCAUUGGUAGCUCUAAAGACGCGGACCCGGCCGAGCAGGUCAAGAGUGUCAACAAUCUUUUCGCCGAGAUGGAUGCCGCCGGCGUCCAGGCCAACAUGCAGACAUUCGGGCGCAUGUUGUAUCUACUCCUCAGCGAGCCUGGUGCGAACAGCUACGAGGCGGUUGAGGCCGUCCGCAGACACGUCCGCGACAAGGGCCUCCACAUGUCGACUCAGAUGCAGACCAUUCUUUUAGACCACUACUUCAGCCUCAACCCCCCGAACCUGGAGGCCGUGGAGGACCUCAUGAACAAUGAAGGGCUAAAGUGGCGAAUGUUUGUGCGUCGUGGCCUUGACAGGGUCUUCUGGGAGCGGGUCAUCAAGGGGUAUGCCGCUGCAGGUGAAACGGAAAGAGCCUUUGGGAUAUUCGAACAGGUGAAUAACAUCGGGUCUGCCAUGACGCUGGACACGCUCUCGACCCUUCUCCAGGCGCUGGUCAGGGCGGGGAAAAUGGAAGAGGCCAGGAAGAUGGUGGAGACCGUCAAGAGGCACCGACAGAAUACCAGUCUUGACCAUUCUGAGGCGGGAAGCCUCGGCCAUGGUGGUCAGAGGUCGAGGGGCAGAUACUGGAGGCAUGCAUUCUGGGCCUACGCGUUGGAAUGCCGGCUCCUGUCGCCUGCUGAGUGGGAGGAACUUCAGACAGGACCGGUUCCUCGUGUGGCGGGACCGUAAAAAUUGCAUUAAAAAGAGGCUUAGAAUAUGGACGACAGCGGGCGGCGCUGCAACCUGAGGUAGUUCUACAAGAACGCCGAGAUGACCGUGCAUAUGGGUGUUUCUU